AUAAACGUAAAUGUAACGUUUGGAGUUUAAAGACUGCAAACUUAAAAUGUGCACAUCUUGCUUCUUUUAUUUUGCCGUUUUUAGAGACUACAUAUAUUAAAUUCAGCACUAAUGUCAAUUCUUCUUAAAUGACAAAGGAAAAAAUGUAAAACAGGGUUGACGCAGGCAGCUAAUGCACUGCCUCCUCAAGGCUGAACUGAGGAGAUGAGACCACUGUAUGACGUCCUCUUGGCCACUCUGGUGGCUCUGCAUUCAUCUCACUGGCAUAAAUAGGACAACAAUGCGAAGGGAGAUCCAGUACGGCUUUGCCAUUGACAUCGUCCACGCUGCCCUUCUACAGACUCAAAGCCACCCCAACAUACACAGCGGUCAUGCGCUUUCAGGUAAGAGAGGCUUGCUUCAUCCAACAAAUGAUAAGGGUAAAAGUCCCCUCUUUGGCAUCCACUACUUUCGGUGCUCUGUGGUCGACUCCAUUAAGGCUACUUGAACAGCGCUACCUCCAUUGUGGUCCUUGAACCUCCUCUUGGUGCCACUGCACAUUUCCUCCUCUGCUCAUUUCAGCUGCUCUUGCUCUGCUGCCUCGGUCUCCUGACCCCCUCGGCGAUCUGGGGCAUGCCCAUGGACAACGAGUGCAUUGACACGAUGUCGUGCACGGAGAUCCUCACGCAACUCUACUCCCAGCUCCUGACCAUACCCAACCAGAUCCACGAGAGAAGCAUUGCACCUUGGACUUACCAGAAAAAAAUUGAUCCGUACAGAGUUCCUCCAACCAUCUAUGAAGCCAAGUGCCUUACAAGCCAUUCCUGCAUGGGUCCAGAUGGCUCUACCAGCCUGGAGACCAUCCCCAUCUCUGUCAAGAUACCUGUACUCAAGGAAAACAUGUACAAAAAAUGUACUUCCCUGGAGUUUGAAACUAUCACUAUAGCCUGUCUGUGUGCUGUUCCCAGGAAUUCCGACCUUAGAUUUUAACUACAUCACUAAAAUAUCUCCUAAAAUAUAUGCAAGUCUUAAAAUUGCAUAUUAUGUAGAGCUGCUUUCAUAGGAAUUAUAUAAGCAAAAUGAACAGCAUUCAAUAACAAAAAGAUUGUGUCAUAUUUGUGAUUUGUCAAAACGGUACAUGUGUUUGUUUUACUUUGUUCAAACUCAUUUGUUUCAUUACGCAAGUACUUUACGAAAACAUUUUUUUCAGUGAUAUCAUCCAUUAGCUCCUCAACGUAUGAUCACUUUUGGGACUGGAAGUCAGUAACACGUCUGUUACCAUUAUCACUGUGUCACAAUCAAUAAAAGAUACAUGACACUACCACUCAUUUAC